GAGCGGAAACAGGUCAGGUAGCCGAAGAGGACCUCAGAGAGCGAGCAGGCCGUGCAGAGCAGCCACGCACGUCAGGAGGUAAGAGAGCGCACACACACACACACACACCUUUAACUCUGUGAGAUCCCAGCUCCCCUCUGGGCCUGUCAUUGUGCAUCAGUGUUUGAAUGUUGUUAGAUCAGCAUGACCACUCGUGUGUGUGUGUGUGUGUGUGUGUGUGUGUGUUUAAGUGUGUGUGUGUGUGUGUGUGUUUGAGUCAGUGCCAGAGCAGAAAUAGGACAGUGCCAUUUUAGUCAGUGAGAUGAUGAGGAGAGUUUUAAGGACUCAGGUGUCAGAGUUUGAUGGAGACGCAGCAACAAAAAACAUCAUGUUCCUCUGCUUCAUCUUCAUUUUUAGCCCCUUUAAUUACGGGUGUUUUUUAGUUUAUUUAACUCAAACUUUGAAAUUAUUGAACUUAUAAAUCCUUGAAAAGUUGUUCCCAUAAAUCAACCAUCUUUGUGUAAAAGCAGACAGAGUUUGUUGCCAUGAUUCAUCCUUAAAAUGUUUAUUUUUGAAUGAAGUUUGGUCCAGUGGUUGAAUCCUUCAUAGAAGCAUACCAUAAUGAUCCUAAAAGAUGUUCAUUUCAAGAACUAUCCUUAACAAACAUAAAUCAUGUCAUUUAAUUGUGUUUGAGUCUCUUUUGCUUAAAUUGACAAUUUUUUGAAUGGGAUUUGGUUUGUAUCAAAACUGAAGUUUGAGCUGCACCAAACCUCAUACAGAAAACAGCACUUUUACACAUGGGACAAUUCCCUACCUAAAUGAGAUCUUUUUUUCAUUAUGGAAAAGUUCAAAUCAAACAUUAUUUUUGUGGAUAUAAACAUUAUUGAAUACAAAAUAAGCAUACACUUAGGGUACAUGUUAAACUGCUUUUUGCUUAAAUGCCCCAUUUUCUGGAUGAAGUUUGGUGCUACAGGGAAAUUACCUGAGGGGACUUUCAUUUUUUUUCCAAUUAAACUUUUCACUUUUAAUAUAUCUCAGCAGAUGAAAGUCAAAACUAAGUUUAACAAACAAAAAAAAAGUAAUGAUAAAGUUGUGAUUAUCACUCAAACAGGCAGAUAUGAGUUUAGUUGCUUUACACUUAAAGUUUCAAGUUUUUCAAUGAGGUUUGGUCUUACAGGUAAAUUGUUUCCCGGAGUGGAGCUCCAAGCUAAUUAUGUGCAAACAAGGAUCCUAAUCUAGAAACAAACAAACAAACAAAAAAACGAUUUCAAUGUUUUAUCUUCAAACAUGAAACUUUCUGAAUGAAGCUCACUGUAACAGGUACCCUAUGUUACUUAAUGGGACCUUUAUAAUUGCCUCAUGAUAACACUGAAAACCUGUUUGAAUCAAAGACUAUACUCUGUAUAAUUUUUAUGUUUUAAUAUCAUAAUGUUUGUUUGUUUUUUUAAUUUAAUGCUUAAAUGUUCACUUUUUUGAAUGGGGUUUGGUCUUGUGGUUUAAGUAACAUCAUAAACUGUUACACCGUUCAGUAUCUCCAGUAAUAAACCUAAAAACGGGUUAAAUCCCGGAUCUUAAACCGGCCCGUGUUGCUGUUUGACAAUGUUUUGGUUCGUCACUGAGUGUGUCCAUGCGUGCCUAAGAGUGUGUGAGUGUGUGGAUAGAAAGCAGGUCCCCUCUGCGUAUCCAUCUUCUAUUUAUAGUGAGAACAAAUCCCAGAUAUGAGAGGAAUCCUUCGACCACUUACGAGGCAGAGAGAGUGAGAGACAGAGAGAGGGCAGAGGGAAGAAGAAACCAGAGAGAUAGAGAUGAAGAGAGGGUGGGAAACCAGAGUUUGAGCGAUGGAUAGAAAGUGACCUCGUGAAAACCCGAGCGAGAGUACAGCCAAACAUUUGACCAAACUUUAAAGUACCACUGGGUGAGUUUUAUCCGCUUUGUUUACAUGUUUGCGUGUUUGAGUAAGUUUAGGUCAUCUUUUUAAUAACUGUCUUUAAUGAACAGUCUGUUAGUGUCUGAAAGGAAACUUUUUACCACAAGAGGACAUUUUUAUCAUUUAUCAGACUGUGUUAUGGUGUUUUCUUUAGUAAAUUUGUUGAUCAUAUUGAUUGAUGGAAGUGUCAUAAAAGUACAUAUCAAAUAUGAUACAAAAGGCAAUAAAGGGCUACUGUUAGACAGGAGUUUUAAGUUGUUUCAAUUAAGUCAUAGAAUUAAAGAAAUGCCCUCAGAAGCUGUUUGUUUUUUUAAGUAAUGACGAUCCUGACGAUCUUAAAGAGGGCGUGUUUUCGGGGAGGUAAACGAACUUCUACGUUUCUUAAACCGGGACAAGUAUGGUAGUCUUCUGAAAUCACCUAAUGGAGCUUUAAUUGAACUAGGCGUGUAAACAGACAGACAGGUUUUUAGUUUGAGUAUCACCGCCACAUGAGGAAGUCAGGAUUAAGCCUAGUUUAUGCUCGACAAAGUCACGAAUGACGUAAACAUGCACCUUGCAACGGUGAGAGCACGUUGUACUGGCGUGUCGUGCUGUUGCGUUGUGCUGUUGCACACCUCCAGGAUUUUAAAACUUGGCGUGCGCCGCGCGGGUGCGAAUAUUGCAACGGAGAAUGCGCCAAGCAUAAACGCCUGUGCCCUCUGCCAAAGUGCGAGCGCCAUCCACGAAAGGAGCCAGGUGAAAGUCUAACCAGGGUAUAGACUUCAGGUCGGCGCCCAGUUGUGUCUUAAAAUCAGAAGUUUAAGUCAGACUAAAAAGCUGCAGAUGAAAGCUAACACACACCUACGAUCUGGGGUAAACGCUAUAAUGCUCUGUCACUUUUUUCUUAGUGUAUUUAGGGCAAAGGUUUCAGGCAAUCCUUCCCUGUAGACGGCGAAAUACACAAAAAAUUUUAAAGGUCAAAAAUGAUCGAAAUACUUCAUUUAUGGAGCAACACGACGACACAACCGUCAGAGACGAACAGCUUAUAGUGCUGUAACAUUUUACUGUGAUUUAUGGUUUUUAAUGUUCAAACAUGUCCUCCUGUUAAUAAUGCACAAGUGUUCAAUGUUAUACAUACACAUGUACACACACACACACACACACACACACACACACACACACACACACACACACACACACACACGUACUGUGCGUCUCAAAGGGACUUUUUGUCAGGUGAGAGCUCGGAGGUUUGAAGGUUUCAGUGUUUGAAGAUUUGAAUAAUUUAAAGUAUGAGGAAUAAUAGGGACCUGUGUGUGUGUGUGUGUGUGUGUGUGUGUGUGUGUGUGUGUGUGUGUGUGUGUGUGUGUGUGUGUGUGUGUGUGUGUGUGUGUGAGAAAGUGAAAGGCCUUGUGGCGUCAGGGGGCAGCUGCUCCUUCUGGCUAACAUAAAUAUCACCCUCUCGUGUGUGUGUGUGUGUGUGUGUGUGUGUGUGUGUGUGUGUGUGUCUUUGUGUUGUGUAUUUUUGGACGCCUGUGCUUCUGCUCUCAUGUCAAGGACGGCGAGGCUCUCAGUGUGUGUUGUGUCACAAACAGCACCGUGGAAACGGUAUCUAAGCGCCGCCAUUGAACACAGUCAGUCAGUCAGUCUGCGUUUCACGGCGCUCUGAGCCGCUCUCGUUGAUAAGAUAAAACCAAACAUGGAAACUUCUACGAUUAGAAACCUCUGGAGUCAGAGUCGAUCAUGACACAGCAGAAAGAGGAAGUGGAAAAUAAUGGAAAACAGGCUGAAAUAAAACAAGAGAUAAAAGGAACUUUAUUUACCAAAGAGGAGAGGAUUCAUGAGAAAUAUACAGGUCACAUUUAAGUGUUUCUGAAGAGAUUUUUGCAUUUUUAUUGAAAGUACAGAGUGAAAUGUGGAGAGAUAGAGAAAGACGGGAGGACAUGCAGCACAUAGUCAGGGUCGGACUUGAACCUGCAACCACUGUGGGGACUGUGGACCAUGGUCUGCAUACAUGGGGUGCACUAACCCACUCAGCCGCUAUACUUAAGUGUUUUUAAGAGCUGAUUACUGCAGGAAUUUAAGAACUAUCAUAAAACUACACAACUGAUCGACUGUAGAGAGUUGAGAAUAAGACAAAACAGAGUCGGACAGCUGCGGGUUUGCAUUGUCACGCUGACUGCAGUAGAAAUAUUUAAUAUAACCUAAAUAUGAAGGAAAAUAUAAAGUUUAAAAGCUCAGAGACCAUAACCCUUUAAUGCCUGAAACCACAAAUUAUGGACAGAAAAUUUAGAUAUUUUUGGAGCUUAAAUGUUUAUUUUAUUUACAACUGAAAACCAAAAAAAUCAAAAAGUCCUUAAAAUUUAACAAAAAUAUUUAUUUACCUUGUUUGAUGCAUUAGAUGUUUUUGGAAACUAAUAAACUAAAAGAGGACAUUUUUAUAAUUUAUCAGACUGUAUUCAGGUGUUUCUUUAGUAAUUUGUUGAUCAUAUUGAUUUGAUAGAAGUUUAUAAAAGUAUGAAUCAAAUAUGAAACAAAAGGUUAAAUGGUUAAAGCUCCAAGCUAAACAUGCUAACAAAUGUGUACGCUGGUCUAAACUGUUUUACCUUUCUGCUAAGUCUUAAAAAAAUGAUCUGAAAUAAAGUAAAAAGUAUGUUUUCCUUGUGAAUUCUAAUUCUAAUUAUAUUUCUUAUUAAAUAAAUGUCGUUUAACGUCAGGCUGAUGCUAGAGGAUCAACAAGUUUGUAUAAAUGUAUGUAUAUAAAGCCUCUUGUUACUGCGAGGCUAACAACUGAACAAAGCUAGCAAGCGUGUCACAUAAUGCAGGACAUAUAAAGGAAUAUAAUUAGACAGGUGGUCAUUUACACAUUUUCUUUAGCCUGUAUAAAAUCACAGAGAAAACUCGACUGUCUUGUUUUUACAGCUUUAACUAACUUUAAAUAUGAACGCUCAUGUCUCUGAGGUCGGCGGGGACGAUAUUCUUUUCUCCCGAUUCGAUUCUACGUUUUUUUGGACGCCGAUUCGAUUUGAAUUGCAACUCUACGAUAUUGUCGAUUUUCUUGACAACACCAGUGAAACAGUUGGAUGAUUAUGAUCGUCUACUGACUAUUCCAGGAACAAUAUUUUCCCAAAAAACACAUCAUAUGUGAGUCAGAUUUUUUCUUAAAUUUGAAAAAAAAAAAAUCUAUUUAAAAAUUGUAAAACAAAAAAUCGUGAUACUUCUGUAAACUGAUUAAUUCUCCCACCCUUACUUUGAGGAAAUGUUCCCUGAAAAACUCGGUUCCUCGUCUGUAGAGUCUGUUUUUCUGUGAUCUUGUUAAAGUAUGUGAACAUUUAUUGUUUUAUUCUGACGUGUUUUCUCUGCGGCUCAGUAAAGGAAAGUGACGAACACGUCGAUCCUCUCGUCUCUCUCCAUUAUUCAGUCUUUAUCUCUUUUACUCGUUGGACUUUUAUCCACGUUUCUCUGCCAUCUCUGCGUCUCAUGAAUGAUUCAGAGAACAGUUCCUGUACCUGCUUCACUCUGAAAGAGUCGCUUAGCAACUGAAAUGCUAUCCCGGACUUUGAAAACCGCUGAAACAGAGUCCAGGUGCCCCCCGACACACACACACACACUCACAGCUGAUGCCUGUGGUCUCUGUCUCCUCCAGGUACGUGGACUUACCGGGGGGAUAAUGUCCAAACCUUCGUCCAACGUCAAAGCCCUGCAGGUAGUACACUCUCAUUUGGUGUGGUUGUUUGUCCUUCACUGAACUUUGGUUUGAAUAAACGUCUCCAGACUUUUACACAUUGAAGUCUUUAUUGGUAAAGGCAAAUACAGAGUUCAGACUGUGCAUAUACAGUAUCAAGGCUUUGUUAGUGCAGAGUAGUAGCAAGGCGAAGAAUGAGGUGUUGUCUGUUUCCAGUCCAGAGUCGCAGCGUUUCGUGAAAUCAGCCACCGAACAAAAUCAUCGACAAGAGGAAUAAAAGAGGACACGAACUUUCCUGUUUGGACUCAACGUCGCUGAAUAAACCUUUAAAUGUGAUUCAUCUGCAGCAGGGACAGUUCUCGAAGAACUUUAAUUUCAGUUUAUUUAUAGUCUUUGCACAGAUAUACAGUCUCUCCCAAAGAUGGAUCACAUAAAAGCUCUUAACUGAUGCUUUAAUAACUGGAUAAGUCGAGGCUUUGAAAGAAAAGGUCAAACGUUCAUGAACUCGAGGAAAAUUCGUGUCCUCUUUCCUAAACAAAAGAUAAAACUCGUGACUAUUUCUCUCCCCGCUGUUGUUUUUUUUUAUCGUAUUACUGUGUUUCUGUUGUAAUGGCUUUGUGCGUGCAUGUCAGAGAGGGUCUCCUCCUCCUUCUCCUCCUCCUCCUCCUCCAUGGUCUCUCUCUCUCUCUCUCUCUCUCUCUCCUCAUUGUGCUCAUGUUCAUGUCUAACCACGGGAUAGGCAUCGGGACAUUUUAUCACACCACUACAGUACAAAUAUGAGGUUCUCCGUUUACGUCCCCGUCUCAGCAGAACGUCAUCAUCUUCAGAAGUUCAACACAAACGAGAACAGCAGCACAGAAAUUACAGAACAAAUUUUAAACAUUUUAAUUUAUAAAAACAAAAAUCUUAAAAGCUUUCAUGUCAGCAGGCUCAUUUUUAUCUUUUUUUAACUGUAAUGAUCUUAAAAGCAAAACACGUGUUUGUAAAUGUAAACUUUUUUCACAGAAAGCAUUUUAAAAUCUUAUUUACAGAAACUCUUAAAAUUCCCUUUAAGAGCGUUUAACUGAACUCUUUAAAGCAGAUGAUAUAAAUAUACAGAUAAUCUCUUUUAUAAUGGAAGAUUUCACUCACUUUAGAUUUACUAUUUAAAAAUAAAACACAUGAAGAAGAAGUUUGUGCAGAUUCUACAGAGGAGGACGUUAAAGUCGUGAUUACACACCGAUCAAGAUAAAACCAUAGACUGUAUAUACUAUAGGCGACUUGACUCCGCCUCCCGCCAUUAUAUGAAUUUGGAGCUGAAUUGUUCUCGGUAUUUCCGGGAUUUCAUCCACUGACUGGAACCACCACUUUGGCGGUUGAGUCGCUGUGAUAAUGCGCUGCUCGUACUCCCACAGGCUGUAUCAGGUGUCAAUUAUAGAAAACAUGAACCUCCUAAUAACUUUAAAAACUGAGGACUUAAGCACAAACCAGUCUGACAGUAACUACAUGUCAACAUUUCUAAAGUUUGUCCACAACUCCAUAACCCUGGAUUUCCACCGCAUCCGGAACGGCAGUGAUUUGCACCGUACGCUACUUCCUACCAGAUCCGUUUGUGAGGCAAAUUUCGUGGCAGAAUCUCACGAUAACGAGUUGUCUCUCUAAAGACAGACACAUAGACACAUAAGCAGUAGAUUGUGUCCUUCCAGAGGAGGAAAUCUACUUCUAGACUUCGAGAAUCAGCAUCUCCUCAUCCAUGGUGUCAUCGGGGUGAAAUGACGUCUAAAAACCUUUCACUUGUUCGUCUCCGUCUGAACAAAUGAAAAGUUGUGUUUUAUUUUGAAAAGAAGCCGGAUGUUUUAUUUUGUGUCUGUGCCCGACUUCCUUUCCAGCACGGGUUAAUCUGUGCUGAAUUUAUCCGCCAUGCUCCGGCGUCCAGAAAAAAUAGAGUCCGGCGAUCCGCAGAGGAACGUAAAGAAGUCGGUGUAAAUUGACACGUUAACUUGAAUGGUUACGAUCAGCUACGAUCGGAGGAUACGACCUUUUAGGAGACGAUCAGGAUGAAGGUGGAAAUUGGGGAUAAUGAUUGCUGGAGGAGGCGGGAUUUAUGACUUAUACUGCAGCCCGUCACCAGAGGGUGCUGUUCUCGCUGUGGCUUCACACAGUCACUUCUAUAUACAGUCUAUGGUUUAAUCCAAACAAUCAAAAUCUGCAAUGACUGGUUAGACAAUCGUGCAAAUGUGUAGUGCACAGUUUAUAUUUGGCACACACAGAUUUGUAAGUUGUGUUCAUGAAUCUGUUCCUACUCCAAACCUGCACACACACACACACACACACACACUAUAAACCGUGCACUUUAACAGGGUAUCAUCUGUAAUAACUUUAAGUAUUUUUUAAAUACUCAAUUAAAUCAAUCAAUUAAAAUCUCUUUCUCUCCUUUUUAAAGUGGUUUGUUGUCGUUUAAAUACGAUCUGACCUGUGAUCAAACAGCUGAAACCCUCCAAACAGCAGGAGAAACAAACGGACUGUUCAGCACGACAGUUAAAUUUACUCCUCCUGUAUCCAGAGAGGCAGAUGGCUUAUUGAUCGGCUCUAACACUGGACAAACAAACAAUUAUGAAGAACAAAACGACCACUCAACGCUGUCGGGUGACCGCCAAAACGGCUGAUCGGCGACAAAUGUUCUCCACAAACUAACGGUCCUGACUUUAACCCUGACAGUAAAAUCUUCACAGCCUCCUCUGAGCACUAAAUGAACAUGUCAGCUUGUUUUAGAGUCUCUCUAAACGUCGCCUCGCUGUCCCUAAAGUCAUCAGAGAAAGUUCACUCUCUAAAUAAAUAUUUAGUCCAACCCACGUCUUCAAAAACAGCCGUAAAGUUUCCAUCUCAUCCUCCUCUGACUCCAAAAACACAGAGUCUCAUCUCUCCUCAGUCUCUCUGAACAGCUUGUGUACUUCAGCGUUUUGUGUCCAGGGAGUCCAGUGUUUACUUCCUAAAAAUAUAUCCUCCAACUUCUCUCUGUUUACGCCGAAGCAGGACAGCAGAGAUAACUCAGAGUGUGUGCGAUAGUUUAAAGAGGAAAGCUGAUAUACGGGUAAAUAUUCAGACCCUCACUGCAGACCUGCGGCUGCACAGAGGAGGGAACAAAUCACGGAUAGAGCUUUAAAUAAACCUUGGAAUGAAGAUUUUCUCCUGUUCAGCUGAAGAUUGUUUUAGUUUAAAUUUGUGUCUCUGAGAUUCAUCAAGUCAGGAACUCGUUAGUUUGGCCGAACUUACUUAAUGAGGCGUUUUAGUCCAGUUUAAAGUCAUGGUUGACGAUCUGAGAGGCAGAAGAUCCUACGCUAGCUUCAAAUAGGAUCCACCAUGUUGGAUUGUUAGUGACUAGCGGCGGUAAACACCAGCUCUGCUAGCGAGCGCCAUCUGCAGCUGCCUGGACAGCUACCGUGUUGACAUGUCAGAGACUAAUAAGAGUUAUUUAUGUAACAUGUGACACGAUUUCGCUCUAGCGUGUGAUGACGUUUCCAGCUUUUCUAGCCAAUCAGAGGCGAAGGAGGCGGGACUUUCCCCGACCAUCUUACAAAAAAAAUUUCGCGUCCGGGACGGAUGGCUCCCAUUGGUCAAUGUUUUUGCAGCUCCGCACCUGAUAGGUUGAAAAGAUUUUUUCCGAUCUUUUUUCUCUUCACUUUGUGGAGAUCUCACUACAGGACCAUGAUCGCCAUAGAAACGAGGUUCAUAAUAAUUAUCUCUCCAAUCGUCAACCAUGACUUUACUGAGGCUGUUUUAGUUCAGUUUUAAGUAUUAUCUCAGUGUGUAGGACUUAAAAAAAGAUUUUAAAAACAGGGAAAUGCUCCUUUUUUCUUGAAAGAAAACAAAACGUAAAAAUAAGAAAACGUGUAUUUUUACUGAUUAUGAAGCUAAAAGAUCGUAAAGCUCAGAAACAAGAACCCGAAACAGCGGGCAGGUCUUCGUCUUUGGGUCAGGAACGGUAACCCUGGAAACAAAACUCUGUUCACACCUGUUACAGGUGAGGCUGAGAGGUGCUAGCUCUGCUAAUGGUUCACAUACAUCAUCACGAUAAAUACGUUAUCGUAGUGAUUAGUCGAGGAUUGAUUGACAGGUGUCUAACAGGAAUAUCACCGUGGAGAUCAGGGUUAAAGGUUCCUCGUGUUUCUCUGUAAACUAAACCGCUUCGUCAGCAUUUCUCUUCUGUUUGGCGAACGCUGAUGAACGAUGGCGAGCUUUAAGGACGGACGACAGUAUGUAAAUGCUGUUGGCUCUAAGGGACCAGAGGGAAAUCAGGGUUUAACUUCCCACCUGUCCCUGCUGCACAAUCUUAGGUUAACGUCUCUCUGUUACCGUCUGUUUCUGCUGAUCGGGAACUUUAACUUUGUGUUUCUGAGCGCCACCUACUGGGUGAAAUACUGUCACAGAUUAAAACUAGUAAAUACAAGAGUGAAAUCCUCGUGUUUAACUUCCUCAAAGUAAAGCUAUGAUUGUAUUUAAGAGUGGAGUGACCUUUGGUAGGAAAAUGAUCGCUAACAGGAGGCGAAGCGAAAAACACCGAAGCGAACAACCGGAGCCGAAGCGACGCCAUACGGGAGCACGAAUCUUUGCAAACAUGCUGCAAAUGAGGCGAAUCCUCCAGGACCUUCAAAUCUUUUAUCUCUGGAGAAAAAUAAGACCAGCAUCCUCUGAGACACACACACACACACACACACACACACACACACUCCCUCUCUGUACAGCUGUACAAUAUGAGCGUAUUUACAAAACAUUACAGGGAAACAACAACACACCGUCAGGGCAGGCAGCAGGAGGACACGACGUUAGCAGGCAGAUCUCUGACCCCAGUGUGUGUGUGUGUCAGUGUGUGUGUGUGUGUGUGUGUGUGUGUGUGUGUGUGUGUGCGUCCUCAUUUCCAUAAAGACACAUCGCUCUUUCAGGGACAUUAGGAAAACGAGGAAGUGGUGACAAUAAUCAAAACACGGGGUUUUGAGGAAACGGCACACACACACACACACACACACACACACAUACAUACACACACACACACACACACACACACACACACAUACACACACACACUCAUACACACACUCAUGCAGAGACCGGAAAGUCAAUUUUGUUUGGGAGCGUCUCAUUGGUUGUCCUUGCUGUCCGUCAGGCUAAUUUGAACAUCCCGAUGGGAGCUCUGCGUCCAGGGGCGGGACAUCCUGUGAAGAGGAGAGAGGAGACAGUAGACACAGAAGAGGUGAGACCACACACACACACACACACACACACACACACCUGAAACCAGGAAGUGAACAGGUGAGAAAUACUGGACUUUUAAAAAUGCUGAGUCAUUCAUGAACACCUGGAUUCAUCUACAGGUAACAAUGAGGGACAAAAAUGUCUUUAAAAAGUGUGAAAAAUAAACUCUAGAACGGCUGAACUUUAAAGCUCCUGUAGGAAUUUUUACUUUGUCAAAACUUUGGCGCCCCCUGUGGACAAAGCCAUCUUUUAUGGCUAAAACCCACAGGAUCCGGAACAGCUGUGCUCCGCUCCAACACGGCAGGCGGAUCAAAUACAAAAGCAUUAUAAUCAAUGUGAGUGAUUUCACAGAAUCCAUCCCCCAUCCUGCUCCGCUGCAGAUCGGCUCCGGCGGUCAGAUCAGAUACGCAAGGCUUCUAUUUUUGCCGGACGCCGCCGAAUAGCGCAUCAAUUCAGUGCGGAAGCAGAAGUUGUAUGCGGCUACAAAGUAAAAUAUCUGGUUAGUUUUCAAAAUAAAAUAAAGUCAAAAAGUUGAACUGUUUUUCACCUGAUAAUGGGAGGGUCCAGGGUUGUGGGAUGUUGGUGUUUAAAUACAUCCCUGUUUAUAAACACCAAUCUGCGGAUCUCAUUCAGUAUCUCACGGGGAAACACGUGAGAUCUUGUCCAGUCUCGUGAGAAAUAUCGGUUAUCUCUCAAGCACUUCUCCUCCGAUGGUGGAGGAGGAUCAGACCCGGUGGGCGCUGUUUGCAUGCGUAUUUGAUCCGCCUGUCAGUACGGAGCAGAGUGGAGCUGUUCCAGAUCCAGUGGGAUUCUGGGGUUUCUUUAGCUGUUCAGCCGACACUCACCCCAUCACACCUUCUUUCAUUUAUUAAAAAUACAUUUAAAAAAUCACCGAUCCUCUCACUGCUCGUCUUUUUUGCUUCUGGACUUCAUGAAACAGCAUCAACAUGAAUUUUUGUAGCAUAAAAAACUACCUAUAGGAGCUUUAAUGUAAAUAUUGUCAGGUGUGGAAUCAUGGGAAAGACUUUUCUGUUAGUAAAGUGUCAUAACUGUGAUAAAUCUGUGCAGAUAACCAGGAUACAGCGACCAGUAUUUGAUCUUAGUGAAUAAUGUUGUUUGAAAAUCCUCCAGAAAACAAUAAAGUCACAUUAAAUAAACUUAAAAAAACAAAAAUAUUCAUGUUUUUUCAUGUUUUGUUUCUACAGUAAGAGUCAACACAAAAGUACAACUCUAAACCGAUAAAAAAAAUAGACUUUUAAUGAUGAGGAUUAAUUAAAAAUUCCUGUUUUUACUCUUUAUUAUGUGUAAAUAAGAACAUUUAUCUUUUUAUUUAUACUUUUAUUUCUUUGGUUUUUAUUCUUCUACCACUCCACCUCCUGAAAGUGCGAUACCACUCCUCAUGCUUCUGUUUUACCCUUAAAUUUUAGUUUUUAUAGUUUUUAUUUUUCUGUAUAUUAAAUUAAUCACAAUCAUGUUGCGAUAUGGAAGCCAAACAACGACACCACUGCUGAGUUUGAUUCUGUGCAAUGACAAAUAAAGAAAGUCUAAAAACUGUUUCCUCUCUGGUUUGUCCGUUUGUGUCUCAGCCUCAGCCGUCAGAGCAAACCUGCGCCGCCGCUCAGACGUCAGAGGAGAAGAAGACGUUACCCGGCGCCGUCAAACUACCUGGACCAGCUGUUAACCUAUCAGAGCUGCAGAACGUCAAGAGCGAGCUACGAUGGGUCACCAAGGAGUGACAUGGAGGUGAGAAAUCAAGACGAGUGUCAAUCCGAGACUCUUUUGCACGUAUUUACUUUAAGGUGUUUCUCUUCAUGCUCCACUCGGUAACUGGUAAACAUGUUUUCACCGCUUUUUAAAGGAUCCGGAGUUAAAAUGCAAAUCAGAACCAAACUAGGGCGAGAAAACACACAGAGGAGACGAUGAACUGAGUCACUGAGUUUGUGUGAAAGAUGCAAAUCUGCUCAGAGUCUGAAAAUGAAGCACGAGGUUAUAAAACGACAAAUGACGUUCACAAUGAAGUUUCUGCUCCAACUUCUGAUGGUUAUUUUCUGACAAACAUCCACUUCUAUCACCUCCUUCACUGUUAUUACUUGCAGUGACGGGAGCUCACCACAGGGGGUCAGUGUGGGCCGUUCAGUCUCUGUUUGGGUCAAGCAGCAUGUGUGUUGUUGCCUCUGUGUGUGGGCUGGAGAGGUUGAGUCAGGCUCUAUAUUUAAACUUUAUGAACAAGUGUGUGUGUGAGCGUGUGUGUGUGUGUGUGUGUGUGUGUGUGUGUGUGUGUGUGUGUGUGUGUGUGUGUGUGUGUGUGUGUGUGUGUGAGGGCCGGUCUGUGCUGUGACUUUCUCAGCGGGACACAGAAACCACAACACAUCCAAACCCCGUGGCGGCGGCGGCGGCUCUGCCCGGCCCAAACCAUGUGGGUGAGCUGUGGAGGAGAGGAAUUAGAGGAGGAAGGGAGGGCGAGUUUCAGAAAUACGCUGGAUCCUCAGAGGCGAGGAAAAAUAACAGAAGCUGCUAUUUCUGAGAGGAGUCAAGGUGCAUGUUUACACCGAGAAAAGGACGAAAAUACUCGGAGAAGUCAGCAGGAGCAGAAACAUCGGUGUAUUUCUGUGCGACUGAUCCUGUUUUCACAAUGAAACACACAAAAAACAGAAUUAGUGGAGUCUCAAAAACAGAAAAAUCCAGAAAUACUGGAGUAAAAAGUUCAAGUAUGUCGCCUUUCAUGACAUUAUCACAGAUUUGGUCUUUGUGAGGAUUAUUGCAGACUCUCCUCUCUAAGAGUCACCAGAGACUCCGGAGAACUCUGCUGAUUCAGGACUCUGCGGUUUAAUCGGCGUUAUUUCAGUAUCAGCAUUUAUCGUCUUAAAAACCUAAAGACCGGUAUCAGCAGAUAUGACAGUUUCUCUUUAUGGAAAUAUCAGCGUUCAUUUAUUAUUGGCUGAGUGUCCAUCUGGAAUAAUGUCUUACACGACUGUACGAGAGUAUUUCGAGAGUCUGUGAAUGUUCAUUUUUAAACAAUUAAAUGUUUUUAUCUUUAUACAAAAAUAAAAUAAUAACAAUUAGACCAGGCUGUUGCAGUUUACUGGUAUUGGUGAUAACAGCUGUUUCAAAGCGAAUGAAAUAUUCAUAUACGCUGAAAAUAAACGUAGUUGUUUCAUGAGACUUUAAGCUAACUGUAGCCGCUAACGAACUAGCCUCAGCAGCCGUAUCAGAGACGAUUCAGCACUUUUAAAAUCUGAUAUUCAAGAUGAAGUGUAAUUCCACAAACAGUAUUAAAACUUUUGAUUCUGUUGGUCAAAAAUCAACUGAACUUUUAUACUUUCGAACCGUUCUUUCACUAUUUUCCUGCAUUGUCAAAGUAUGCUUUUAUUUUGAAAUAUAAACAUACUGCAUAGUCACACCAAAUCGACCCUUUAAUAAACUCUUUUUAAAAAACAUUCAAGUUUACUAAAGUGCUGCACAAUAAAAUAAAAGGAACAAACACGGCAGAAAACAUCAAGAGGAAAUAAAUAAAAGCAGGUACAAAACAUUUAAAAUAAAAUAAAAUAAAUGAAAUAAAAACACAAAAGCAUAAAAGAAAUAAAAGUGAUAAAAGGACAGAGAUCACACGAAUCUCAUGCUGAACUAAAAGCCGAGGAAUAAAAUUGAAUUUUACAGGUUUUUAUAUGAGUUUUACUGUUUUCAUUCCGCUCUGUGACUUAAAAUCUAACAGGAAAUAAAGAAACUCAAAGAUGAAGCAGAAAAAAAACAUAAUGAUCUAAAUAUCGUUCCAUCUAUCAGUAAAUCCAGCGUCUGUUGAAUGUUAAGGUUGGGGAUCCAGUUCAUCAUACAGACUCUGGGGUAAAGUGACUGGGUCUGUCUCUGAACAGUUCCUCCUGAGAGAGCCUCUCUGUAGACUUUAUCAUUACGAUCUCUCUGACUUCCUGUCGUCGUUGGCUCCUCCUUCUGUAGUUUUCUCCUGGUUUAGCGGUAAACGGCGGUUCUUCAGCUCUCACACAUGUAGGUCUGACUACGACCUGCGGAGCCUCUGAGUGUUUACAAGAGUAAAACUCGUGGUCUUGGUGACGAGACUGAACUGAAAACGUGCCUCACAGUGAGGGAGAUCACGACACGUGGACGCACAGGACUGGAAAAAGGUCAAGAGAGAGAUAAGUGAGAGAGAAAGCUCAUAUUUGUGAGUCCAGUGACCCCGCCUUCUCGCUGUCGUCCGGUCCUCCUGUCGUCUCUCAGGAGGUUGGCCGCCGAUAACAGAAAAUGAAAAUCCCUCACAGUGUCUUUAUCUGUGUUUUUCUCUCCAGGAUCCUGAGCCGGGCGCGGAAAAAAAGCCGAUAAUCUUCACAGACACAGACUUCCCCACUGCCAUUCAAGACGACCAAUCAGUCUGAUCCCGACCUGAGCGAGAGAUUUCUGAGGAGCCGACGGUGGACCGCCGACGAGCUCCUCCGACAGAGUGAAACAUGAAAAUAUUUAUAUUUAUCCAGGUUGUUUUUUUUCACAGGUUAGAUAGGAACGACGUUUGUACAAAAGCUUUCGAGUUAAAAAGUUUCUCUGGUGUGUUUGUGCUGAAGAUCGACUUUCACGUCUUUCAGCAGCUUUUCUUUUUGUUUUGGGUAUUUUUUUAAUUCUUAAACUGCUGGUUUAGAAAGUCAAAAACAGACUCUAAAAACUCAAAAUACAGUCUUCUGUUGGGGUGUUUUCAUGUUUGUUGUUUCUUUGCUAUAAAUGAACCCAGAAUCUGGUAUCUUGAAUAAAAACAUCAAAAUAAAUGAGGUUGUAAAGAAGAA